GUUUCUCUGACUCGGUCACAAACAGUGCUGCCUCUGCUUUCGAAGAAAACUGUUUCAUCUUUGCAGGACUGACGUCCUGUUUUCUUGCUGGCCUAUGGGCUUGUAAUGUAGUCAGGGACAGGGGAUGACCUAACAGAAUGGCACAGGGAGUUCUAGCCUUCGUUCGAGGCAUUGACCUGACUCGAAAUGAGUUUCAGGAACGCACUGUGCCGGAGCAGUUUCAGGAUUUGGGUAGUCUCAGAUGGCUUCGUCUAAACCACUCGACCUUGGAGAGUCUACCUCCGCAGAUUGCCAAAUUGAAGAAAUUGGAACACAUACACAUUGCUCACAAUCAGAUGAAGGAACUCACGAAUGCGCUUGUGCUCUUGCCGCGACUUCGGACAAUCAAUGCACGGUAUAAUGAACUGACAGAUGAAGGUAUUCCAGAGCAGCUGUUUGCGCUGGACGAGUUGUCUACGGUGGACUUCAGUCACAAUGCUUUGGACAAUAUCCCGGAGAAUCUGGACGACGCGCGGGGUCUGCAGGUGCUCUCGCUCAGUAAUAACCAGAUCAAAGAGUUACCCAAGGCGCUCUUUGUGGAGCUGAACGACUUGCAUCACUUGGACCUGAGCAAUAACAAGCUGGAGACGAUUCCACCUCAGCUACGCCGAUUGCACCAUCUCAACACCCUGAAUCUGGCUAACAAUCCGCUGGCUCAAUCGAAACUCCGAGCGUUGCGCCACCUCAACUCACUGACCGUGCUCAACCUCUCCGGAACCCAGAGGUCCAUGGGAAACCUGCCCGACACACUUCAUGAAGGAACUCCCUAUCUGGAAGAACUGGAUCUUUCGCACAACUCCUUCACUUUCGUGCCCCAGACGGUGUACGAACUGACAAAGCUACGGCGUGUCAACUUCAGCCACAACCAGAUCACCGAGCUGACGGCGCAGAUCGAGGUGUGGAUUGGCUUGGUCACGUUCAACGUCUGCCACAAUGAGCUGAAAGCUAUCCCGAACGGCAUCUGUAAACUCACAGAGCUUCGGCGCGUGUUUGUUAGUGACAACAAGCUCACGUUUGACGGAAUUCCAGUCGGUAUUGGUCGCCUGGUGAACCUGGAAGUGUUUGCGGCUGCCCGCAAUCGUCUGCAGUGUAUUCCCGACGGUCUUUGCAGAUGUGCACAUCUGCGUCGUCUAGUGCUAAACAAUAACGAGCUGGUCACCUUGCCCGAGACCAUUCACUUCCUGAAGAACCUGGAGGCGUUGGAUCUGCGGCACAACCCCAAUCUGGUCAUGCCACCCAAGCCAGUGACAGAGAACAAUGAGGCCGCAGCACAGUUCUACAACAUUGAUUUUGAUGUGGAGAAGCUGAAGCGUGGGGAGACAGCCAUCGUCAAGCCAAACUCGUCAGCAGCAUCUCGUAAACACCGUCUGCUUAACAAGCGGAAGGAGCCGAGCGUUGACAAUGAGGCGAAGGCAUCUGUUCUACUCCAGGGUAUGUCUCGAGCGCAUGGUGCCAGUGAGCGACAUCGCGGUUCCUUGGACAUAGAACCUGGCUCAAUAUCGCUGGCACAGUCACGCCAAGGAAGUCUGGACAGCGAAGACGUCGAGGAAGUGCCAAGCAUCAAGGCCAAGCGCUGGGAUGAGACUCUGGAGCGGCCAAACCUCAACUACGAGGAGAUAUUCAGCGAGGACACCGGCAGGGAGGAAGGCCUGACAAUCUGGUCCAUCGAGAACUUCGUACCAGUCUACCAAGACCCAGUGUUCUACGGUCAGUUCUACGAGGGCGAUUGCUAUAUCGUGUUGAAGACCUUCAUGGGCAGUUCGAAUUCCAGCGAAGUCGAUUGGGAGAUCUUCUACUGGUGUGGCAAGGAUGCAACGAUGGACAAGCUGGCAUGUGCUGCUAUUCAUGCUGUUAACUUGAGAAACAUGUUGGGAGCACGGGGCCGCACAAUGCGUGAAGAACAAGCAGAUGAGAGUCCCGAGUUUCUGGAUCUCUUUGACAAUGGUGAUAUCAUGUACAUUGAAGGUGGUUCAGCCAGCGGUUUCUACACACAAGAGGAUCGGAGGCGUACAAGUCGUUUCUACCGCAUGUCUGGGUCAAAGACGCUGCAUUUCGAAGCGGUACCAGCCAAUGUAAAAGCACUGGAUGCUGGCUAUGUGUUUAUCCUGGACUCGCACAAGGAGCUGUUCGUCUGGUCUGGCAAAACGUCGUCGCUGAUGUGCCGGCAGAAAUCACGACUGUUGGCGGAGAAGAUCAACAAGAACGAUCAUAAAGACCAGAAGACGGUGACUGUCUUCCCGAAGGGAGAGCACAAUGCAGCUUUCCUUGAGGCGCUCGGCUGGGCUGAGGAGGACGGAGAGCCGGAAAUCGAGGACAAAGUCGGUGCUUUCCAACCAGCGCGCACAACAUUGUACAGAGUUGUUCUUGGCCAUGGCUAUUUGGAACUGCCACAAGUGGAACAGCCAAACCGCCGUCUGGAGCAGAAGAUGCUGAUGCCGUCCGACGUCUACAUCCUCGACUGCACAUCGGAUAUCUUCGUCUGGAUUGGCCGCAAGUCUGCGCGGCUGGUGCGUGCCGCGGCCCUGAAGCUGUCUGCUGAGCUGUGUAUGAUGUUACCACGACGACCACAGGUCAUGGUCAGCCGGGUCAUGGAAGGCACUGAGAAUCUCGUCUUCAAGUCAAAGUUCCCUGGUUGGGAUGAUGUCAUAGGUGUGGACUACACCAAGAUACCUGGCUUUGGCAAGGUGAUGCCUAAACUCAAGAUCAGCUUGGAAGGUACUAAUCAAGACAAGAACAAGAGCAAGGCUGGUGGUGGUGCAGCAGCAGCAGCACCAGUAGCCGCUGCACCGGAAUUGCCCAAGAUUGACAUGUCAGCACUAUUCAGUAACCGUGUGGAGGACACUCCCGAUGAUGAUGCCAUUGCGUCUAGAGAGGACUACAACAUUGAUCUCGCCGAAAUAAAGUGCUUCGUCUUGGAGAACAAGAAAUUUGUCAAACUGCCGCCAGAGGAAGAAGGUCACUGCUUUUCCGACUGCAGCUAUGUGUUCCUAUGCCGCUAUUUCGUGCCGUUGGAGUCAAACGGGGACGGUGAUGAAGAGGAGGAGGCGUACCAAGAGGAGCUGGCCACGACCGUGUUCUUCUGGCAAGGGCACAACGCACCACAGAUGGGCUGGCUGACGUUCACCUUCAGCUUUCAGAAGAAAAUCGAACAGCUCAUUGGCAACGACCUCAACGUCCGACAAGUCUUCCAGCAACAAGAAUCACCCCGUCUGCUGGCUCACUUUGACAACAAGCUCAUAAUCCACAGGGGUUCACGUACAGCACCUCGCCGAAAGCCCACGCUAUUUCAGAUGCGCUGCAACGGCGGUCUAGAGAACACACGUACAGUGGAGAUUGACUGUACAGGCUGCAAUCUCAACUCGGCAUACUGCUACGUGUUGCGAGUGCCGUUUGAGCCCGAAGGCGGUAUUGUGUACGGCUGGCGCGGUUCCACUGCUCACAAAUAUCACUGUGACCUGCUGGAGGAGGUAGCCAAGUCUCUGUGUGAUGAGGGCUAUGCCAUGCAGCUGAUUGACGAGGGAGAAGAGCCGGAGAACUUCUUCUGGGUCGGCCUCGGUGGCAAGGUGCCGUACAUCACCACGGCUACGGACUAUCGCAAAUACAUGCGUCUCUUCCGCUGCUCGAACGAGAGAGGCUUCUUCUCCGUUUCAGAGAAAUGCGCUGACUUCUGUCAGGGUGAUCUGGACGAUGAUGACGUCAUGAUCCUGGAUGAUGGACACACAGUCUUCAUCUGGGUGGGUACCCACGCUAGUGAUGUCGAGUCUAAGCUUGGAGCCAAGAGUGCGCAGGUUUAUGCUAACUACUGGGGAGAGAAGCCAGCGCAGCGCAAGCGAGAGCUGAAACUUGUACGCAAGGGCAAGGAGCUCGACACAUUCAAGUCCUGCUUUCACGGCUGGGUGGACUGGAGUCAUCUGCGUGGACGUUUCCCUGGCUGAGCUACGGCCUCUCCGUCAUCGCUGUGUAGCGUCGGAAUUGAAGCUUGCUCACUCCGCUGGUGGUGUGUCCCUCUCCUUGUCUCCCAUUUUCUCUCUCUCUCUUUCUCCCUCUCUGAUCCGCUCGCUCAGGAUUGGGGCGGCUAUAGUGUCCGUCCGAAUCACUGGCGUUUGGAAAGCGUGCGAUUUCCUCCAUCUGUCGUUGUUGCCGCCAUCGAUGUGUCUGUGUAUAUAUACGUCUGUGCUAGUGUUGCUGCUGAUAAGGCAUGGUGGUUCUUGAAAACUGCACAGUGACACGCACUGCUCUGGUGCACGUGCACGCUUGCUGCAGCGACUUGUUCAACGCCGUGGAGCUUUCUCUGCCACUCACUGACUGCAUGCAUGCAUCUCUGGCAGCGCGAGUAUGCAUGUUCAGGUACUUGAGACAAGACCUCCUUGCUUAUUCGUAUGCUUUCUCAAGCCUUGGCAACGUGUCAAAUCAUUGUCUCUCUCUCUUAGCUCUCUCCACGGGGAGUUUCCGCAGUUUGUUUGUUUUUCUGGUUUUAUUCUUGCCAGUAAUCAUGAUUUUAGUUCCUAUUUUCCACAAUCUACUCCCAUACAUUCGCACGUGACUGCACAAACUUUGUUUUCGUCCCUCACUGUGGUUACUGCCACUUGAUGGUGACGAUACCGGACUAUACCCCUGCUAGCCAUGAUGUUCAGUUGAAGUAACAGAGCUAGCGCGCUCCUUAUGAUCUACCGCCGCCGCUGAGUCUGACCCUGUUGUUGCCCGACAAGGACCGGCCGGGGGAGAGAGCUCGUCCCGCACUCAUUUCGCUCCUUAUCAGAACAUAGUAUUUACGCUAUUCAACCAAGGCUGUGCUCUCUCUCUCUCUCUCUCUCUCUCUCUCUCUCUCUCUCUCUCUCUCUCUCUCUCUUUCUUUCAUUUCUGUCGCUCGUUUCUGUGCCCACCGGCUGUACCUACUACCCUAGUACAUGAUUCUACUUCUCCCGGUAGUCUAGGCUCCAGUCUACUUCCAUAUGGGUGCGUGUUGACCUUGUUCAUAUUUUCUUGUAGCCUCUUCUUUUUUUCUUGUAUCUUCCCAUUGCCUGCUAGCGAUUGCCUUCUUCCUAUAUUAUGAUCAUGUUUGUACAUACUGUCGGCCAUGUACUGUCAUACAACUACUGCUAGAGCACCGUGAUGAAAAUAGACAUCGAAACCAAA